AUGCCUGCAACCAAGAGGUGGCACUUUGAGUUUCUCGUGGGUGGAGUCAGUGGUAUCACUGUGUACAAGAAUGGUGCAAGGAUUAAGAGCUACAAACUCCCAAAUCGCCCAGUCUUGGAAAGUGUAUAUUCAAUAGGUACUCCUUCUACUAGAAAGACUUGUGAUAAGGUUAAAGAAUACCUAGAUCAAGCCAUUGAGGUCACAUUUAAAUGCAAGACUACUGUGCUCCUGAACCGGAAGGAGUUUGAAUGGAAUAAAUCAGCAUUUUGUCGACUGUUGAGGCUGUCUCCUGGGGCGAGAGCAGUCGACUUCAUUCAAGUCUUCAACCAACUGACAAAGUUCAAUUCUGACCGAGGCUUCUUAGUUCCUGUAAGCCCCCUGCCAACCAGUUCGGAGUUGCUAACUGAGGAGGCGUUGUCUGAUGGUGGUGACUCUGAGGAUGACCACCCGCUGUCUUCAUUGACAAGUACCCAAAGCAUAGACGGCAGCCACCAACUUGGAGAAAAGAGAAGUCAGCAGGAGGAGGAAGUAUCGAGAAAGAGGAUGAAGCACAAAGAUACUAUGGACGAUGCGAUCUUCACCAAGAAGAUUGGAACUAUUGAUCUCCAGCUGAGAAACCUCUCAGAACCCAAAACACAAUGCUGUUUAAGAACGGUUGACACUGUGUACCUCCGAUUGCUGUUCUGUGCAUUUCUGUUGAGAGCAUAG